AUGUCAGAAAUCUUGUCAAGAGCAUGGAUUAUUUCACACAGACUGGAGAUGUGCCUUCUGAUUCUGGUGGCUUAUUUGUUCCAAAGAAAUGUGAAUUCAGGACAUUUGCCAACUAAAGCUGUGGACCCAGAAGCAUUCAUGAAUGUUAGUGAAAUCAUUCAACAUAAAGGUUAUCCAUGUGAGGAGUAUGAAGUUGCAACCGAAGAUGGAUAUAUCCUUUCUGUUAACCGAAUUCCUCAAGGCCUAAUGCAAAAGAAGAAAAAAGGUUCCAGGCCGGUGGUGUUGCUGCAGCAUGGCCUGCUCGGUGAUGCUAGCAACUGGAUUUCCAACCUGCCCAACAACAGCCUGGGCUUCAUCCUGGCGGAUGCUGGUUUUGAUGUGUGGAUGGGGAACAGCAGAGGAAACACCUGGUCUCGGAAACACAAGACCCUCUCUGUAGACCAAGAUGAGUUCUGGGCUUUCAGUUAUGAUGAGAUGGCUAGGUUUGACCUUCCUGCAGUGAUAAACUUUAUUUUGCAGAAAACGGGCCAGGAAAAGAUCUAUUAUGUCGGCUAUUCACAGGGCACCACUAUGGGCUUUAUUGCAUUUUCUACAAUGCCAGAGCUGGCUCAUAAAAUAAAAAUGUAUUUUGCUUUAGCCCCCAUAGCCACUGUUAAAUAUGCAAAAAGCCCCGGAACAAAAUUUUUGUUGCUGCCAGAUAUAAUGAUCAAGGGAUUAUUUGGCAAAAAAGAAUUUCUGUACCAAACCAGAUUUUUCAGACAGUUUGUUAUUUACCUCUGUGGCCAGAUGAUUCUUGACCAAAUUUGUAGUAAUAUCAUAUUACUUCUGGGAGGAUUUAACACUAACAAUAUGAACAUGAGCCGAGCAAAUGUAUAUGUUGCCCAUACUCCUGCUGGAACAUCUGUGCAAAAUAUUCUACACUGGAGCCAGGCAGUGAGUUCUGGGGAACUCCGUGCAUUUGACUGGGGGAGUGAGACCAAAAAUUUGGAGAAAUGCAAUCAGCCAACUCCUGUAAAGUACAAAGUUCAAGAUAUGACAGUCCCAACAGCAAUGUGGUCAGGAGGUCAGGACUGGCUUUCAAACCCAGAAGACGUGAAGACACUACUCUCUGAAGUGACCAACCUCAUCUACCACAAGAACAUUCCUGAAUGGGCCCAUGUGGAUUUCAUCUGGGGGUUGGAUGCUCCUCACCGUGUGUACAACGAAAUCAUACAUCUGAUGAAAGAGGAGGACACCAACCUGACCCAGGGAACCUGCAAGGCCACAUUAUAA